AUGGACUUACACCGGGCAGCCUUCAAGAUGGAGAAUUCAUCCUACCUCCCCAACCCUCUGGCAUCCCCAGCAUUGAUGGUACUGGCGUCCACGGCUGAAGCCAGCCGUGAUGCUUCCAUUCCUUGUCAGCAGCCACGACCCUUUGGUGUACCUGUCUCAGUAGACAAGGAUGUGCAUAUUCCAUUUACCAACGGCUCUUACACCUUUGCCUCUAUGUACCACCGGCAAGGUGGGGUGCCAGGCACUUUUGCCAACCGUGAUUUCCCUCCUUCUUUACUACACCUUCACCCUCAGUUUGCUCCCCCAAACCUAGAUUGCACCCCAAUUAGUAUGCUGAAUCAUAGUGGUGUGGGGGCUUUCCGUCCCUUUGCUUCCACUGAGGAUCGGGAGAGCUAUCAGUCUGCCUUCACGCCGGCCAAAAGACUUAAGAACUGCCAUGACACAGAGUCUCCCCACUUGCGCUUCUCAGAUGCAGAUGGCAAGGAAUAUGACUUUGGGACACAACUGCCAUCUAGCUCCCCUGGUUCACUUAAGGUUGACGACACUGGGAAGAAGAUUUUUGCUGUCUCUGGCCUCAUUUCUGAUCGGGAAGCCUCAUCUAGCCCAGAGGAUCGGAAUGACAGAUGUAAGAAGAAGGCAGCAGCGUUGUUUGACAGCCAGGCCCCCAUUUGCCCCAUCUGCCAGGUCCUGCUGAGGCCCAGCGAGUUGCAGGAACAUAUGGAGCAGGAACUGGAACAACUGGCCCAACUACCUGCCAGCAAAAAUUCCCUUCUGAAGGAUGUCAUGGCUCCAGGAACCCCCAAGUCCCUCCUGUUGUCUGCUGCUAUCAAGAGGGAAGGAGAGUCUCCAACAGCGUCACCCCACUCAUCUGCCACUGAUGACUUGCACCACUCCGACAGAUACCAGACCUUCCUACGAGUGCGAGCCAACCGGCAGACCCGACUGAAUGCUCGGAUUGGGAAAAUGAAACGGAGGAAGCAAGAUGAAGGGCAGAGGGAAGGCUCCUGCCUGACUGAGGAUGAUGCUGUGGACAUCGAGCAUGAGAACAGCAACCGCUUUGAGGAGUAUGAGUGGUGCGGGCAGAAGCGGAUACGGGCCACCACUCUCCUGGAAGGAGGCUUCCGAGGCUCUGGCUUCGUCAUGUGCAGCGGUAAAGAGAACCCGGACAGUGAUGCUGACUUGGACGUGGAUGGGGAUGACACUCUGGAGUAUGGGAAGCCACAAUACACGGAGGCUGACGUCAUCCCCUGCACAGGCGAGGAGCCUGGUGAAGCCAAGGAGAGAGAGGCACUCCGGGGUGCAGUCCUAAAUGGAGGUACUCCCAGUACACGCAUCACACCUGAGUUCUCUAAAUGGGCCAGUGACGAGAUGCCAUCCACCAGCAACGGUGAGAGCAGCAAGCAGGAGACCAUGCAGAAGACCUGUAAGAAUAGUGACAUCGAGAAAAUCACCGAAGAUUCAGCUGUGACGACGUUUGAAGCCUUGAAGGCUCGGGUCAGAGAGCUUGAAAGGCAGCUAUCUCGUGGGGACCGAUACAAAUGCCUCAUCUGCAUGGACUCAUACUCGAUGCCCUUAACGUCCAUCCAAUGUUGGCAUGUACACUGCGAGGAGUGCUGGCUCCGGACCCUGGGUGCCAAGAAGCUCUGCCCACAGUGCAACACCAUCACCGCGCCUGGAGACCUGCGGAGGAUCUACUUGUGA